AUGAGUGAACCCACCAAAGAAAAUGUUGCUUCGAAACGCAACUUCCGCCGUACGCAAGGGCCCCAAAAUAAUACCAAGCCUAAUAAUGACAGGACAAACUCGAGAAGAAAGCAAAAGAGAAAUAACUUGUCUGGCACACCCGGCCUUAACGCUUCCAACGCUGAUGAUGACUCUGAUGAAGAGAAUGAAUUAUGUGUAAUUUGUGCACGUCGAUUGUUGUAUGUUUCUUUAACACCGUGUCACCACAAAACAUGUCAUAUCUGUGCAUUCAGACAACGAGCUUUGUACGAAAAGAAAAGCUGUUUGAUUUGUAGAACCGAGAAUGAAAAAGUUACGUUCACUGACAAUAUAGAUGGUGAAAUUCCCGAUAUACAGGACUUUUACGAAAAAAAUGAAAAGUAUGGGAUUAAUUUUACUAAGGAAGUAGUCGCAACUGCAACAUUAAAUCUUUUGAAAUUCUUUUGCCCGUUGUCAAAGGGUGAACAAGUUAUUGAUUUUGGUAAUUUUAAGAAAUACAAUGAACACUUGAAAACUGAGCACAGCAAAAUGAUCUGUUUGAUAUGUGCAACCCAUAAGCAUGCCUUCCCUAGUGAGCUUGAAACAUUCACGCAAAAUCAAUUGCGUAAUCAUCAGUCCAAGGGUAAUUCAGAAGGUUUUAAAGGCCACCCUAUGUGCGCCUUCUGUAGUGGAAAACGAUUUUACUCUGAUGACGAACUAUACAUUCAUAUGAGAAAUCAGCAUGAAAAGUGCCACAUUUGCGAUAAAAUCAACCCCACCUCCCCCCAAUACUUCAAAGAUUAUGAUCAACUGUUCGAUCACUUCAGACAUUCGCAUUACGUCUGUACCGUUCAAUCUUGUUUAGACAACAAAUUCGUUGUGUUCAAGGAUGAGUUGGAGUUACAAGCACAUAUUUUGCAAGAGCAUGGCAAUAUCUUGAAGGGCAAACCUAAGUUUUUCCAAUCAGAACUUUCUACUUUUAUCUCAGCACCAUCUAGAGUGAUUAGGGAGAGAGAUGAGUACGACCUUCCAUCUAUGUCUUCGUUACCUGCUUCAGCAUUCGGUUCUAGAACUGACGUGAGAUCUGCAAGUUCUCCCGAGGAAAGUAGAUUGAGACUUGUGGAAAGAGCAAAAUACUAUUUGGAAAACUCCAAAGAAGACUUCGAUAAAUUUGUCUCAUAUAAUGAAGAUUACGCAAAAGGUCAUCUAAGUGCGGAAAAAUUGUUAGAAUCGUACAAGUUGUUAUUUACAAGGCCAAAUGCGGAUGUAUAUUUGCUAAUGCAUAACUUGGCUGAAACGUUUCCUAAAAACUCCGCUAAAUACAAUAACCUGAAUGCCAUAUAUGAACAAAGAGAGCAAACUCUUGCCCGACAAACCUCAUUACCUUCCUUAUCUAGUGAUCCUUCUCUUUCAAUGUCAAUAGCCAGGGGCCAUUGGGGUGGAACUAAUGAUGGAGGCAGCGGAGGAGCAUCUAUUGGCGUAAGAGAUAUCAAAAACUUGCCAACGUUGAAGAGCCCCACGGCAUCAUACGAUCCGUUUGCAACCACUAUAAAAAAGAACACUAUGAAAAACGUGAAAAGCGCUAAAAGAACCAAUUCUCAGCCAGUCAGUUAUCGGGCUUCCAAUAAUGCAGUCGCCUUUUCCCCAACGUAUUUGGAGAGCAAAAAAAAUUCAUCUUCUACUACUUCACUGAAUAAUAGUAAGGAUAAGUUGAAAAGUCUAAACUUGCCUCAACUGCCUCCACCAAAGCCAAAAGUGCAAAUUCCAGGUUUGAAUAGACCGCAGAUCGCGGAUCCUAAACGAUGGGGUAAAAAUCCAAGUAUAGAAAAUCUAAAUGUACACGAGGAUCUGAGAAAUUUGAAUAUAGGUGGGGGAGGAAACAGGAAGAAAGGCAAGCAAAAACAAUUAUUGUUCCACAUUGGUGUAUAA